AUUUAUGUUAAUUUGUUUGACCGAGUCUUUCAUUAUUUAAACUACGUUAAAUAUUUAACCACGAAAGUAUAAAGCAGAAACACUGAUACCACUGACAGCAGGCAGCCGUUUGAGACAGUUCAGGAAUCGCUUUUUAAUAGAGCUUAAGCAAAAAUGAAUUCUAGAUCAUCAUUAGAAAAGGUCUCAAGUACAAAUGAAAGUUUCUCCUUGACUAUUUUCUCUGUCAAUUAUUCCGGCAGUGAUUUCUAAAAACUUCUACAGUUCAGAUCGAAAGUUGAUGGUUUUGGUGAUUAUUGUAAGUGAAGUAUUGAAUGUAAAGUUUGCCGAUUGGAUCGUAAUAAUCAAAAGAGAAAGGAUACAAAGAGAAACUGCCAUUAGCACUUGUGUUAUUUUCUAAUGUUUAUCGUCACUGUUAUCUCUGUUAUCACUUGUAUUUACAUCCAGGCAAAAAAAACGAAUAUAAAUAUAGAACCAAAUAGGGAAACGAAUAUUUCCCUAUUUUUCUGGAAAAACGGUGGCCAAGGACCAAAACAUGAACACACCGGAUUAAUUCAUACUCACUUGAGAAAUUCUUGCAAGAAUUUAUUACCUGAACAAAGGAAAUUCACCCAUUCUGAGAAAGUCGUAAAACACGUCGGAGUUUGUACGGAAAUUAUUGAACUAGCUGAAAUGUGCGCAAAGUUUGGAGCUACUUCAGCAAACUAUUCUACUAUUUCGAAAAUGAUGAGUGAUGUUCAUGAUUUGCAUAUGAUGCUACUCAACGAGAAAAACGAUAUGGCUAAGAUACUACUCGUUUUACCACAUUUGACUUCUUACAAUGGGAGAAUGAUUCAUAUGGCAUAUGAGCGCAUCCAUGGUACCAGCUUCAAUCAGAAAGUUGACUUGAGAAAAGUAUUCGCCAAAGGUCUCAUGCACAAUCAGCAUGCUUUUAAAGAAGUUUCGGAUGAUUACAUAAGAGGAUGUCUUCGUAUAAUGAUUAAAUUAACUCGCAAGGGCAUAAAGCAUAAGGAAACAAUGGAGCCGAAUAUUGGUAUAGAAACUGAACUAGCAGCUCCAUUAAUUAGAUGGAUUUCUGACUCUCAAUCGAUCCAGGAUUAUAACGCUCCUGUAUCGCAUAUUUUUUGUCAAAGCGAAAAUUUUUUUGUAUAUCUAUCUCCUUGUGCCAUUAUUCCCUGUGGAAAGGAAUCAAUUAACGCUAUCGAUACAUUCUUUAGAUCGUUCGCAGUGUUUAAUUUGCGAAUUCCGGUAAAUUAAUUAAAAAUUGCAGAUUUCCUGGACGUGUUUGCCUACAAAAUUAAAUCAUACAGUAAUCGUUCGACCGUUCAGAAUUUGUGUUCUUUAUUCAUUGAAAGCGAAAAUGCAGAAAAAUUAUUGUAACGUGCAGGUUUCGUAAAUUUGACAUUAAUAAAUGGUUUAAAAUUACCCACUGGUUGCAAAUACUCUAAAUUAUUGCUUAUUCCAUUUCUUCUCAAGUUUCCAGCACUGAGUACUUUUUCACCCAUUUCCUCCAACUGAAAUCUGAGUGUAAAAUUACCCAUAUUUUGACAUAUACGGA